AUGGCCGGUGAUGAUGAGGGACCCAUCGCCGUCACUUGGAAGUUGCCAGAUAUCUAUGGUAAUGGGGAGCCACUGGACAUACUGGAGCAGUUCUUAAAGAAAUCACGAUCGCAUCGCAAGGUGUCCGGUGAAUAUUCUUUUCAGGAUGUCGAGGGGAGAGACGCAGAAACUCGUGCAACAUGGCGCGCCACACUGACGAUCCAGCACUGGGGCACAUUUACAGGAGCUACAUGUGAUAACGAGAAGUCUGCCCGCCACUCAGCCGCAGCCCAGUUCCUCGGCACUGCGGAUGUCAUGAAUGCCUGGGCGCAGCUGUGCACAUCUGCAAAGCUAAAGAGGCGUCGGAUGAACACCAGUCCCUAG